CUAUAUUUGUAGGAUUUCUAUAGAUGCGAGGAUGGAAAGUUGGAGGAGGCACGAGCAGUUGUCAACAAAUAUUGGCCGAAGCUUGUGCAUAAUCUGAUGCACGAGGCACGCCCUUUAGCCAUCCGCAAAUAUAUGGCAACUCAAGGCUAUAAGAGUCUUGAUAAGAAAGCUGGUAGGAGACUCCGUCUUGAGAAGGACAAGUACAUGCAGGUUACUCCGAGAUGGUGCGUCGAUAAGGGGGAGUGUUGGGAGCGGAUCGUGGACUAUUGGUGUUCCAAAGAGUACAGGGCGAAAAACAAAGACUAUAGAAAUCGGCGAGCCGGAAUGCUGGAUCCACUACAUCAUCAAGGCAACUUGAAUGUUAUGGAGUACGGUGAAUGUUGGGCGUCUCACCAUAAUGCUCCAGUGCCCAACCUUUUCGUCUCGUAUGCUUUGGCCCAUAAGGCACCGUACAGAACAGCCACGCCUUACGAUGAGAAUGACACAGCGUCCGCGUACUCCAGCAAGACCACCUACGAUCGGAUGGAGAAAUUUAAAGGGGUGGCAAAAGGGUUGAAAGGGCCCGAGUAUGAUGUGACAACAGAGCCUCUUGACCACGCUUUGGUCAUGAUCUCUGGAGAAGGCAGGAAACAUGGCAAGGAAGCAAUUGCAGGAGGCAUGUUCCCUAGCUCCUCCCGUAGCUCUCUCCCUGAAUACAAAGCUCGGUUACGUAUCUCAAAAUCUUCUACAUAUAAACGCUCGACUCCAGCUAUGGUUAAGAUGGAGGCCCGACUGGCGGAGGAGAGGCGAGUGGCGACAGAGGAGAGGGAGGAGGAGAGGCGAGUGGCAGCGGAGGAGAGGCGACUGGCUGAUGAGAGGAUGCAGCAAGUGGUGCAGCAGGCGGUGUUGGCACAAACUAGUCAAUGCUUUGCAAUGUUUGCGGCUUAUUGUACCCAGAAUGGUAUGCCCGCUAUGCAGAUGCCUCAAUCAGGCCAUGGAUCUAAUGUUGAUGGAUCUUCACAUGCACGAGGCCCAAGCGACAAUAACCUUGGUGGUUCUCCGAAUGUUUGAGAUCGAGUAUGGUUGCCACCUGGAUGCUCUUUGGACUACGACAUGGACAUGAAGGAAUUUGUUGUAGUGCCAAAUCUUACGUAGUGAUGCCAUCUUUGUUCAUUGUGUAUUAUAUGCUGUGGAACUUUGUUUUGGGACUAUAUGCUAUGGAACUUUGUCCCGGGACUAUAUAUAUGCUAUGGAACUUUGUUUUGGGACUAUAUAUAUGCUAUGGAACUUUGUUUUGGGACUAUAUGCUAUGGAACUUUGUCCUGGGACUAUAUAUAUGCUAUGGAACUUUGUCCUGCGACUAUAUAUAUGCUAUGGAACUUCGUUCUUAUA